AUGGAAGCUUAUGUGGCAAGCAGCAGCAGCAGAAGAAGAAGAGCAGCUCAGCUGAUGGCGUGGUGGGUCAUCUUGAUCCUUGCUCAGUUUACUCUGUCGUCAGCUCACUUCCAUAACUUUGACAGUCCUCCCAGAAAAGUCGUCUUCUUCCAGAAAACGGCGCCGUCUCAUGAAGCGCCAAGAGCCCUAGAAGAUCAAGAUAGGGUUUACGAAGGCGACAAGAGAUUAGUUCACACUGGUCCUAAUCCUCUUCACAACUGA